GGUAAGCAGGAUGCAGUGGAAGCCAGCGAGGAAUUAAGCUUGAACCAGGCUUAUCUACAAAAGGAUGUCACGCAAUGGCUGCAAACAGCGUGGGUUAAACAAGCACCAGCCACAAAAGAAGACAAAACCGGUGCACAAAUCUAUGGGGAACCAUUUCAAUUAUGUUUUGCUACCCGAACUGCUGGCCGAGGACAGCACCCGAUCUCUGGUGCACGAGAUGAUCAAUAAGGUACACUGGUCACGCAAGCAAAUGGAUCUCUAUGAGUUCUAUCAGAGCACCGAUCUCUCCAAUAUGCUGGACAGCCGCCUGCUUGCCAAUUUCCUGCAAUUGCUGCGGAAGCAGGUGCGUCCCUGGCUGGAGGAGGUGACAAAUCUGAAGCUUGACUACGUAUCCGCCUCGUGCAGCAUGUACACUUGCGGCGAUUACCUCCUGGUGCACGACGAUCUGCUCAAGGAUCGUCAGAUUGCAUUUGUCUAUUACAUGUCGCCGUGGCAGGGCGUUGAGGAGUGGAACGAGGAGCAGGGCGGCUGCCUGGAGAUCUUUGCCAGCGAUGAUCAGUGCUUCCCACAAUUCCCCGUGCAACGCAAAAUACCACCGAAAAACAAUCAGUUUGCAUUCUUUAAAGUUGGCUCACGUUCCUUUCAUCAGGUGGGCGAGGUGACCACAUACGAUUAUCCACGAUUGACCAUCAACGGUUGGUUCCAUGGCGCAACCAAUGAGGCCUUCGUUGGUGGGGACUCGUCGCGCGCCUUUCCACGCCUCGCCUACCUGCAGCCGGAUAUUAAUAAUAGGCCCACGUUGGGCUUGCUACUCAACGAUGUCUACCUGAAGGCGGCGACACGUCGCAGCAUCCAGAAACGUAUCGAGGAGAAUUCCGAGAUUUGUCUCUAUGAGUUCUUUAAGCGUGAAAAAUUCGAACUGGCCCGUGCACAAUUGUUGAAUGAUGCGACGCUGACAUGGCGACGACAAGGACCCGCCAAUGCGCACAACUACGAGCUGAUGGAUCUGAGCACUGCCAAGGGCACAGUGGAAGAGCUGCUUCAGCUAUUUCGCAGCAAUGCCAUGUUCCAGCUGUUGCGCGACUUUACCGACCUGGAUUUGUAUGGCGUCGAUGCAAUAACGCCCACAUGCAGCGUUGAACUCCAACGCUGGUCGCAUGGCAACUAUACCGUGCUGGGCGAUGGUUUGGUCAGCGAGGAGAAUACCCUGGAUUUGGUGUACUAUCUGAAUGCGGCGGAGGGUGCAGCAGUGAUUACAUAUCUAUCACCGGAAGUUGAGCAGCGCACAACACAUCAUCAAAAUGGACUCGACGACCAGAGCAUCGAGGAGGCGGAGGACGAUCCUGACCAAGAGGACGAUGAGACGUGCCAGGAUGAUUCGGUGUUGCUGACGAUAUCGCCGGUGGAUAAUGCGCUGAAUAUUGUUUAUCGCUGCGAGGGCACCACCAAAUUCACCAAAUAUGUGUCGCGCAACACGCCGCUGGACAAGGGACCCGUUUUUGUCAUAUCCUGCAGCUACAAGGAAUAGGAAACCAAGACACAUUUAUAUAUAUAUCCCUCUUCAUAUGCCGCCACACACACGUACAGGCCACACUAUUAUUUUGUUUGUUAGACUGGCCAAAAUGCACAAGAAACGAAACCUGUGUACAAGCUUUGCAUUAUACACGUUUGUUUGAAUGUUAAUUGUAUACAAAACAAAGAAAAGAAAAGCAAAAGAUUAACUCUUAGAAAUGCCCAAUAAAGUGAUGUAUAAAGAAAA